UCUGGGGCGGCCGGCGGCGGGCAUGGCUGGGGGGCGGCGGCCGGUGGGGCUCGCCCUGGGCUGGGGCUGCUGCCUGCUGCUCUGCUGCGCUGCAGCCAGCAAGCUGGAGAUCUCCAUGCCACCCGUGCUGGAAGUGGAGUUGGGGGGCACAGCCAGGAUCGAGUGCAACUUCUACAUCCCUGAGAAUGCUUCCUACACCUACAUCGACUGGUUCUACGUGGACCGCAGCAACAAGCAGGUGAGGCUGUUCCACGUCACGGCCAGCGGGGUCAUGGAGGACGACACCGACUACAAGCAGCGGCUGUCCCUGGGGGAGGACAAGGCCCUGUCCCUCAGCGCGGUGACACUGCAGGACGCCAGGACCUUCAUGUGCCAGGUGGGAGCUGGCAGCUACGGCGUGGGCGAGAGCAGCACCGAGCUCAGCGUCUACAAGGUCCCCACCACCCCUGAGAUUGAGCCCGUCUCAGGAGGCAUCUCCGUGCACAACAGUGAAACCCCCGAGAUUGCCAAGUGUGUGAGCAAAAACAGCUUCCCAGCUCCCAACAUCACCUGGCACAGGAACGGGGAGCAGCUGCACAACCAGGAGAACGACGUGGCCAUCCUGUCGACGGUGACGCGCGAGUCGAGCGGGCUGUACACGGUCAGCAGCACGCUGUACGCGCCCGUCACGCGCGAGGACCGCCACUCCCGCUACCACUGCACCGUGCACUACUGGCUGCAGGGCCACAGGCGUGCCCUGGACUCGCAGCGGGUCAAAAUCAACGUUUUCUACCCCGCCGAGCACUUGACGCUCCAGGUGGUGCCCUCCUCGACGCUGGUGAAGGAAGGGGACAAUGUCACGCUGGUCUGCGAGGCUGAUGGCAACCCACCGCCCGUUUUCAGCUUCUUUAAGAAAAACCUGGAUGACUGGCAGGAUGUGACACCGCUGGCAGACCCCGACAACGGGGUCCUGAAGCUGCACGACGUCAACAAAACCAGCAGCGGCACGUACAGGUGCCAGACCCUGGACCUGGAUGAUCUGUCACAGAUAGAGGAGGAGGUGGAUCUUGUUGUGAACUACAUUGAAGGGGUCCAUGUGAAGAUGGAGCCGUCCUCAACCCUUCGUGAAGGGGACAGUGUGAUGCUGAGCUGUGAUGCCAACAGCCCCGUGGGCCUGAAAUACCAGUGGAGGGAUGAGAAGGGCAAGAAGCUGGUGGAAGGGAACCAGCUCUUCCUGAAGAACCUCACCUUCGAAACCUCCAGCAACUUCAGCUGCAGGGUGAUGGCCCCGAGCGUGCCAGGGCUGGAGCAGAGCAAGAAGGUGUCCGUGGCUGUGGAGGGGAAGCCGCGGAUCGUGGCCAUCAGCUCCCCGCUCUACGUGCGCCAGGACGAGGUGAUCAACCUGACCUGCAAGGCCAUCGCCUUCCCCCCGCCCACGGUGCAGUGGAGCAUCAACGGCACGGCUCACGAGUUCGUGGACAAGCAGCACAUCGCCAGCAACCUGACGGUGCGGGUGAGCCACGAGCUGCUGCAGGCGGGAGCCAUGUGCCGGGUGUCCAACAAGCUGGGUGUCAGUGAGAAGCACAUCCAGCUGCUGGUGGAUGAUUCCAUCAGGAAAGAUCAAAAGUCAACAGCAGAGAGCCAAGGGGUGAUCAUCGUGGCCAUCAUCGUGGCCAUCCUCGUGGUGGCCGUGCUGGGCGCUGUCAUCUACUUCCUGCACAAGAAAGGCAAGAUCCCGUGUGGCCGUGCCGGGAAGCAGGACAUCACAAAGCCAGAGGCCCGUAAAGACAAGAUUGUAGUUGAAGUUAAGUCAGAUAAACUUCCCGAAGAGGCGGGGCUCCUGCAGGGCGCCAACGGCGAGAAGAGAGCUGCAGCUGACCAGGCGGGACUGAAGAGCGAGAAAUACAUCGAUCUGAGAAACUAGAGAGGAAAACCUACUAAGUGCUUUCUUCCUUCAAACCUUUCCUGCUCUUGGAUUGCCUUCUCCCACCCCUGCUGCAGCCCCUGGGGAGCACGGCCAGAGAGCACCCGGGUGUCCCCGAGCUGGGGACACCUCCCUGCCUCACCUGGCCACUACCUCAGCCCUGGGCUCGCAGGUGUUGCCUUAGCAGCAAAGCUGGACUCGCUUUACUACUCCAGAGAAGCCACAGCAAUAUUAGGAAGAAUUAUAUCCCAUUAAUCCCUACUUUGGUGGAAGGAUUUGAGGCUCUUUCAGGUAAUCUGUUCUGUACGUGUUGUGGGAAGGUUUUGACGUGUUCUUUUUGCCCUGACCUUGCUCAGAGGGGCUGGUGAGAUUUGGGUUUGGGGAUGUCUGAGGCACCUUGGCUGUAGUGGGUGCAGGUUGGAGGAGGGAGGAGCAGAGGGGGUGUGUUGGGGAGGGUUUGAGUGCUUUGCUUUGUCUUUGAGCCGUUCCCAGUUGAUCGUUCCCAGUUUAUUGUGCUGCGAUCCCACAGAGGAGGAGAGGAGCUGGCAGAGCAAGGCAGGGGUGCCAAUCUCCAGAAAGCCUUGAGGGUGUGUGGUUUGGCUGUGCUGACCCGAGGGGCAGGGCUCCCCUCUCCCCUCUCAGUUUGGUGUGUUGUAGGGACACUGCAGCAGCAGCACCAGAGCUCCCACACACCAAAAUUCAACUUCAGACAGGGCCAGUCAGCGACGUCUCAGGGUUUUUUUGUGCUCAGCCAUUGCCAGCCCCAGGUCCAACUCCUCUCUGGGCUUCGCUGCCACCCCUGGCCCCACUGGGAGGAGGGAGAUGGGCAAGAACCGGCCACAAACUUCCUAUCAGUGCCACCUCCGAGCUCUGCUGCCCACAAAACUCCGUCCCCUGGGUGUCCCAUCCCAGCCCUGGCACAGCAGAUUCAUCCCCUCCUGCUACACGUGGUGUCCAAGCAAAAGCUUUGGUUUAUAUAUAUAUUUUUGUUGGAUUGUGUGUACAUUUCCAGGAGUUUUGUUUCUUUUUGUUCUGUUUUUGUUGUUGUUCGAUACUUGCGAGGUUUUUUGGUUUUUUUUAUAUAUGUGAAAAUAAAGUACGGAUUCAAAGCUGA